UUACAUAAUGCACAAACAGUCGACAAAAACUCGUAAAACACUUCAUCCCACGUUUUACGCAUUCGAAAUCCCGCCAAGUUUUUUCCAUUGGGAACACCAAUUUCUCCAUUGAGAGCUUCAACGAUUCAAAUGAACAGCCAAACGCGGUAGAUCAGACGGACGGCUGCCCGAUUGAGAGGAGACCCUAGGCUAGGCUAGGCUAGGGUUUUCCAGAAAUUCGAAAAAGCAAUUCUGGGUGUUUCGGAUUGUAAUUUUCCAGCAAAAACAUGAACGUGGGCGAUCUCAACAAGGUCUGGGAAAUCAAAGCCCUCAAGAAGGUCGGAGAAGAUGAGGCCAGAAAAAUCCUCGACCGAAUCGCCAAACAGGUUCAACCAAUCAUGCGUAAGCACAAAUGGCGGGUCAAGCUUCUCUCCGAAUUCUGUCCGACCAAUCCGUCACUGCUGGGGUUGAAUGUUGGAGGUGGUGUGCAUGUAAAGCUGAGGCUUCGAAGGCCAAACAGGGAUUGGGAUUUCUUCCCUUUUGAUCAAGUUCUAGACACAAUGCUGCACGAACUAUGCCACAACGCUCACGGUCCUCACAAUGCCAAUUUCUACAAGCUUUGGGAUGAACUCAGAAAGGAGUGCGAGGACCUAAUGUCCAAAGGCAUUACUGGUACUGGGGAAGGAUUUGAUCUUCCCGGGGUGCGUUUAGGUGGUUUAAAACGUCAACCUCCUCUUUCAUCUCUUCGCAAAACAGCACUAGCUGCUGCAGAAAAAAGAGCACAGUUGGGAUCCCUCCUGCCUUCUGGACCCAAACGUCUUGGUGGCGAUAGCUCAAUUAUGACCGCACUUAGUCCAAUACAAGCUGCUGCGAUGGCGGCAGAAAGGAGAUUGCAAGAUGAUAUAUGGUGUGGCUCUCAAUCUUGUGAAGAAUCUGGGGAGGGAGAAAGUAGUUCUGAUAUCACAGAGAAGAGUGUCAGCAUGGGGAUAAGUGCUGGAAACUCGAGGCUUCCUAGUAGUUUUGAUACACGAGCCUCAGAUGCAAUACCACGAAAAAGAAGUCAGGAUUCGAGCAACGGUUACCCAGAAUAUACUGUUGUGGAUUUAACUACAGAUUCUUCAGUACCUAGCUCCAUGGUUAAACGUGAUUCCGUACCUCAGAAGAGAAGUCGUGAAACACAUGACAAGUCAUUCUUGGAGUCAUCAAGUGACCAUCCUAAAUCUACUUUAGUUGAUUUAUCUCUGGAUGCUUCAACUUCUGGAUCCAUAUUUAAUAACGAUGAAACACAUAAUAUAGAAGAAUUCGCUACGUGGGAGUGUGUAACUUGCACCUUAUUGAAUCCUCCUUUGGCUCCCAUAUGUGAGCUUUGCGGCACACAAAAGCCGAAAGAUGUGGAAACGAAGUACAAGUUCUGGUCAUGUAAAUUCUGUACUCUGGAAAACAGUGUGAAGGUAGAGAAAUGCACAGCUUGUGGGCAGUGGAGAUUUUCGCACGGUGCACCUUCGGCAACCUCUGCACCAUAUCUUGGCACUUGAGGUACUAUUGGAAUUGCCUGAAAAGACUAUAUAUUGUUCAAGACGGUACUGGGAUUUUGCUUAUUUUUGUUGAGGAACUCUCUGGCCUUUGAGGUGGCAAAUGUCCAUCUCAGCAAUUUGAGAUGCCCAUGGCCUAAUUUUGUCAGACCGGCUUUGCGCUCAGAUUUUUGGUUCUUAUUUGAAAUUGGAUAUGAUCUGAGCAAUAUGGUUAGGGAAUUAUAAAUGUGUGUAAAGUACAUCUCAGCUUGAUGAGAAAUUAGACAAAUGACUUCUAUUUAAGCCGAGGUUGGCAUGAAUAUUCGCAAUUAUGCUGAAUUCAUGUCAGGAAAUGAGUUUCUUUCGUGUAAUAGUUCUCGACAGAGACGAAAGGUGACAAAAUAUACAUGUGUUUGGUUUGGCA